UGUUAUGCGCUACUAAGUCCUGGCUUGCAAUGCUUGCUUGGUCAACAUUGUAGAACAUGCUGGAUGAACGAACCCUCAAGGACUAUCAUUGCGUGAGGCUAUUUCGUGACAGCGAGCGGAUUUGAGCGAAACGAUGUGGCGCUGGGUUUCGCCCAAUUGGGCCAGUCUACGGGGUCCUUUGGGUGUGAUCUGGCAACAAAGGAGUGUGACGAGUUUAGGCGUAUCUAAGGCCUGUUCGUCUCCAGCCUGCCCGCUGGUAGGGGGCAUGUCGUCUUCCAAGAGCUCCAGAGGAGGGUCCCAGACUACCGUAGACUUGGAACAGACCGUGCGGCGCGAACUGACGUUACUCAAAGCAGCUCAACAGAGACCCACUAUUAAACGCACCCAGACCCUUGGGCGCCAAGUUGAUGCCUUGACUGAGGCCAGUCCCAAUUCGCUGGAGUCCCAUCUACUCAAAGAAGGCUUGUCUUUGGCUACCAUGAGCCAAUUCUUGGUGCUCAAAGACACAUGGUCCCAAUUGGUCCAGUCCCAUCUGACGGUGGUUCAUUCGAGUCAAGAUUUAGACCGCGUCCUCAUCAUGAUCCAGCGGUAUCGGACCAAGUGGAAGGCCAUGGUUCAAGCCUCGAACAAGACCGUGCUCUUUGAUCAACCUCUUUAUAUCCGAUUACUCAAGCUCACCGCUCUUAAUGGGAGUUGGAAGCACGUUCAUGUCAUUCACGACUAUCUGAAGCAAGAUUGGGGAGGAUUGAACCCAUCGAGCGGUGCUGCCAUCGCAGAAUGUGUGGCUCGAAUCUCGCCAACCAAGAAAUAUCUCAAUUACGUCUUGUCCUUGCAAGCCGAAUUGGCCGAAUUGGAUGCCCAGUCAGUUUUCCAAGCUUCAAAUUAUGCCACGAAAGUGGGCCAGGGCCUUCAAAUUGCGAAUCCAAGAUUUCAACCUCAGCCUCGGCCGACUUACCAACCUCGACGUUAUGAGUCGUCCAUUUUGUCCGCUUUGAAUGAACGUGACGAUUCCGCAUUGCAAUCCCAAAUGUCCGAUAUCGAGUACGCCUCUCAGAUCCAGAAGUUAUCUCGCCGCCAAUUUAAAAUGGAAUUGUCAGGCCACCAAAUCAUCCCUUCAGUGUUGGCUGUUCCCGUCGAUCGGAAAGUGAACAAAUUAGUCAAGGAUCUCUUAAACCAGUGGUCCAGUUCGUUAGAGCAAACUAUCGAGUCAAGCUACGCCAAUCCGUCCCAGACCCCGCCAUCCAACCCCAUGUCUGCUCCGUUCUUGAGCAAUAUUUCCGCCCCAGACCUCUCUCAAAUCAUUCUUGAUGUGGUCGUGUAUCUUUGCAAAACAUCUGAGCACUUUAGUCCUCCUACCAAACAUCUAGAGGAUAUGCUGGGCACGGCCGUUAUGAUUCGAUCAAGGAUGAAUGAACUGCAGAAAGUCCAUCCUGAAUCUUUAGUCAGUCAGAUUGAAAUGCUUUCGAAAGUGUACGCCCGAUACAUGACGUGGUUCAUCCGUCCUCAAGAUCAAUUGUGUCAUCGAGAGGCUUUUGAAGCUAUCAUCCAUGAAUGGAAUGCUGAUGACCUGACCUUGGGCUCCUUUAAAUGGGCACCCCAAGUUCGAUUGGCGGUGGGCCAGGAGCUAUUGAAUGCGAUUGUGCACAAGCUGACGAUUAAUUUGGAUGCUGGUUCCAACUUGUGUUUGAACAAUCGAUCAUUCAAGAUUAUCGGGACCAAUGUGAAAUCACGCACUCAACUAGGUGAAACCAAGACGUUCCAAGCGUUUUACAAAGUUCUCCGAACUCGAGGCAAAGGCCGUGAGCUCGAGGAAGUAAAGCCUCAUCCUGUGCUUACAUCACUUUUCGCUAUUGGAAAGCUUUCCGACUUGUCAUUUCCCGUCACCGAACUACCAAUGGUGGUGCCACCCCGACCUUGGGUGUCUGAUUCGUCCGGAGGGUAUUUGCUUCACGAAGUAGAAAUGACGCGAAGACCAGUUGAAGAAGCAGUUGAGACCCCUCGAUCGCCCAAUACAUUGCUGCCCACUCUGGAUGCUCUCAAUCAGUUGGGGUCCACCCCUUGGAUCAUUAACAAACCCAUCCUAGAGUGUAUUGUCGAGGUAUUUCGUCACCCAAAGAAGUAUAACGCAUAUUUGAAGCGUGUUGGCAUUCCUCGCCAUCCCGAGAAUAUCGAGCCCCCCUCAGAAGCAAUGUCCAAGGCCAGAUUCCGUGAUAUGACUCGCGAUCAAUACACGGCUUUUCAACAAGGUCAGGCCCAACGACAGGCGUACAUUCAGUUGAAAGCCGAGAGUUACUCCUUAUGGUGUGAUACGUUAUAUCGGUUAUCCAUUGCCCAACAUUUCCAAGAUCGAGUGCUAUAUUUCCCUCACAACAUUGAUUUUCGUGGUCGUGUUUAUCCCAUCCCUCCGUAUCUUAACCACAUGGGCUGCGACCUGUCUCGAUCUCUUCUCGUUUUUGCCGAAGGCAAACCGUUAGGUCCCAAGGGCUUGGAUUGGCUGAAACUGCACACGGUAAAUCUCUCCGGAUUUAAAAAGAAGAGCUCAAUCAGAGAGCGUAUGCAAUACGCCGAGGAUAAUUUGUCACUGUUUCUUGAUUCUGCCUCUGAUCCUUUUGGCGGCAAGAAGUGGUGGCUGGAGUCAGAAGAGCCUUGGCAAACUCUGGGCGCUUGUAUAGAGCUUCGAAAUGCUCUAUCAAGCUCGGAUCCGACCAACUAUAUCUCCCAUCUACCCAUUCAUCAAGAUGGUUCGUGCAAUGGGUUGCAGCAUUAUGCCGCCAUGGGACGCGACUCCUUGGGUGCCAAGUUUGUCAAUUUAAUCCCUUCCGAAUGCCCGCAAGAUGUGUAUGGAGAAAUUGCAUCCAUUUUGGAGCGCAAACGGAGUGAAGAUGCUCAAGCUGGUAAUCCGAUCGCCAUCCUCUUGAAUGGAGCUAUCCAAAGAAAAGUGAUAAAGCAGACCGUCAUGACCACCGUGUACGGCGUGACCAAGUAUGGGGCCAAGCUCCAGAUUGCCAAGCAGUUGAAAGAUAUUGAGAACCCGAUAAUUCCAAGCGACAAAUUGGGCGAGGCCUCGGUCUAUUUGGCCCAUCGGACAUUCGACUCACUCAACGAGAUGUUCGAAUCGUCGCAAAAGAUCCAGAACUGGUUCAUCAGUUGCGCUGAUAUGAUCUCGACGGACUUUUUCCGCUUCGUGGAAUGGGAAACGCCCUUGGGAUUGGCGUGUGUGCAAUCAUACCAGAAGCCGUUACACUCAAAGAAUCUCCCUCUAGGACUUCGAUCUUUGGCCCGCAAACCCAACACGUCCAAGCAAAGGAAUGGCUUUCCGCCCAAUUUCGUGCAUUCCCUCGACUCGAGCCAUAUGAUGCUUACUGCCUUGCACAUGUGGCGUCGGGGAUGCACCUAUGCCAGUGUUCAUGAUUGUUUUUGGACUCAUCCCGCCACUGUAGAGAUUAUGAAUGAGGUGUGUCGGCAACAAUUCAUCAAUUUGCACUCUUAUCCGAUCCUCGAAGAGCUCUCGGAAGCCUUCCUUCAGAACUACAUCAAAGAAGACACAAAACAGAAGCUUGAUCCGGUUCAAUUGGCCAAGGCUGAGCAGACUUUCAGGGCGGUGCCCAAGAAGGGCGAUCUAGACCUAGCCGUGGUGAAACAUUCAACGUUUUUCUUCAGUUAAAGUGCUUAGAAAUAUAAAUGCACACAAGGGGUA